AUGGUGCUGCACUGGAAGGCCACCAAGGGGCGGACAAUCAAGAUGGUCGUGGUGGCAUCGGGGGCCAAGGCUGCAGGGUGGUUCGACGUGGGCUUCUCGCCCAAUGGCGGCAUGUCGGGCAGCAACGCCAUCGCCACUGACUCCUCGGGCAGCCCAGUGACGAAAGAUCUCGUCAGGCAGUCAUCGGCGGACGAUGCGUCGUGGACCGUCGGAUCGGGCUCGAUCUCCAUGUCUGGUGGCAAGGUCACUAUGAAGUUCACGAAGAACAAGGGCGAUGGGGCAUCGGUGAAGGUGAAGGCUGACAACGACAACAACAUUGUGUGGGCGUUUGGCGAUGGCGACAAUAUCUCAAUGCACAAUGGAGCGUAA